CAGAACUCGGUCAUGUUUCUGAUGCUUCAGUAAUUAUUUAUUUACCAUGUCUAUUAUACUGAGAGUAACAUUGGCGAUAUUAAUAUCCUGCGUGAGUUGUGAAGCGGCGAAGUGUGAUGGUAAAACUUGUGCCCAAUGUAUAGGUCAAUCAGUGGACUGCGCGUGGUGUCCUGCCGCAGAUCAUAUCGGGCCAAGAUGCCAAUCGAACAACACGAUAAACCCCUCCUGGUGUAAUGAAAAAGUGGAUAGCCCGAUAAAUAACAAACCCAAAGAGCUUUUGAGGAAUGACCCUAUCACGCCGGACCCAAGAAAGGUGGUUCAACUAGCCCCUCAGGAACUUAAAAUAUCAAUUCGACCUGGACAGACAGAACAAUUCACGAUCAAUUACAAGCCCGCCAAAGAUUAUCCAUUAGACGUUUAUUAUCUUAUGGAUGCUUCAUAUACAAUGAGAAAUACUAUACAAUUGUUAAGAAAACAGGGAGAACAAAUCUAUAAAAGAUUAAAUCAAUUUACAAAUAACGUGAGAUUAGGAGUCGGCACUUUUAUAGAGAAGCCGGCUUUGCCCUUUGCAGAUCCCAACAUCCACUACGCUUAUGCUUUUAAACAUCAUCUUAAUUUAACUACACAGAGAGACAGGUUCGAGAAAGUUAUUAAAAAUGUUAGGACCGGAGCUAACUAUGAGGCCCCCGAAGCUGGCCUAGAUGCGCUAAUGCAAGUUAUGGCCUGCAAAGAUGAAAUCGGUUGGAGAGAAAAUUCAAGGAAGAUCAUAGUAUUGUGCACCGAUGCCACUUACCACAGCGCCGGUGAUGGAAAAAUAGCCGGAGCGGCUAAACUCAACGACAUGAAGUGCCAUCUCAACAAAGAUGGUGAUUACACUCUAGAAUUAGAACAAGACUAUCCCUCGGUUAACCAAAUACGAAAAAUUGCCAAACGUGAAAAUAUUAUUGUUAUUUUUAACGUUAAGAACCGUGUUAUACCCGAAUACAAGGCUUUAGCAGACCGACUUGAUAUAGGAGCAGAAGUAAUCGAGUUAAAAGAAAAUUCCAAUAUAACCAAAACAAUUGCUGACGUUUAUACGAGAAAACUAGGCAACGUUAAAAUGGAUGUCUCAGUACCGGAGAAUGUUCGAGUCACAUUGACACCGGAUUGUACUGUCCAAGAUACCUGCCAAGUGGCGCAUGCUAGUGAUACCCAGAUCCAAGUCGCAGUCACUGCCGAUUAUUGCCUGAAAACGGAAAAAAAUAAUACAAUCACGAUUAAGCCAGAUGGCCUGGCCGAGACUGUAAAGAUUACUAUUAAAACUUUAUGCGAAUGCGAGUGUGAGAAGAAGCCAAUACCGAACGCGAUACAGUGCAGCAGUAGUGGUAGUUUAGUGUGUGGGAUUUGCGAAUGUAAUCCUAACCGUUUUGGGGACACGUGCGACUGUAUUGGAAGUUCUACGAAGCAUUUAGACAAAUGCAAAGCACAUCCUGAGGACACGGUCUUAUGCAGUGGUAUUGACAGAGGUUCAUGUAGCUGCGGCAAAUGCACCUGCAAUCAAUUUUACUCUGGUGAUUACUGUGAGUACGACGAAAGGGCGUGCCUCAAGGGUGCCCCGACGAAGGGAAACGACCUUCGGCUCAUGUGCUCAGGCAACGGCAAGUGCAUCAAAGAGAAAUGCGAGUGUUCCAAGGACUACACGGGCGAUGCGUGCCAGUGCCCCCUCAAGGAUGAUGAUUGUCGUGCCCCUUAUUCUGAAAAAGUUUGCUCCGGCAACGGCGUAUGCCAAUGUGGUGAAUGUAAUUGUACCAGGCUAGAUUCUAAAGGCAACCUUUAUCACGGUGCCUUCUGCGAAAACUGUCACGACUGCGACGGGAACCGGUGCAAAGAGCUAGAAAAAUAUGUACUGUGCGUGUACACUAACACAACAACGAAAGAAGCAUGCGACGAAAAGUUUAAUUCAAAGAACACCUACGUUUUUUUCGUAAAUAAAACGGAAAUCAAUGCACAGAAGUAUCAUCUAGCAAAACGAUGCACAAUACUCCGGGAAGAUGGAAAGUCUAUUAUUUUUAAGCAUAGAUAUUAUAGAAAGGAUAAAAAUUUACACAUUAUCAUUCAAAAGGAAUUGGAGGAACCCGACCGUGCCAAUAUGUGGAUCGCCAUAGGCAGCGCCAUCGGCGCCAUAAUUCUGAUCGGGCUGCUGACCGCGAUCAUCUGGAAGGUGGCGGUGGACGUGUACGACGCCAGAGAGUACAAGAGAUUCAACAAGUUGCUGGACGAGUCCGGCGACGUCGCUAACAUCAACCAAAUAUAUAAAGAACCUACGGCUAACUUCACGAACCCCAUGUUUAACAGACUGUCGCGUGUGCUGCGCUAGUUUAGUUUGCCUUUUGUUUUAAUAACCGACCGAACUUUUAAACCUACGGCAAAACAUGUCUACGUAUUUCGUACCUAAGUAUUGAGUUAAAUUGUGAAUGGGUAACCUAUCAUCAUACCCGCGUUAGCGCAACUCCUAUUAAUGUUUCAUUAGAAUAUCAGGGUGCCUAGCCAACGUGCAAAAUUAUUUCAUUUCAGUCGCCAUAGGCAGCGCCAUCGGCGCCAUAAUUCUGAUCGGGCUGCUGACCGCGAUCAUCUGGAAGGUGGCGGUGGACGUGUACGACGCCAGAGAGUACAAGAGAUUCAACAAGUUGCUGGACGAGUCCGGCGACGUCGCUAACAUCAACCAAAUAUAUAAAGAACCUACGGCUAACUUCACGAACCCCAUGUUUAACAGACUGUCGCGUGUGCUGCGCUAGUUUAGUUUGCCUUUUGUUUUAAUAACCGACCAAACUUUAUGACAAAAAUAUCAUGUCUACGUCUCUCGUCCCUAAGUACGAGUAUUAAGUUAAAUUGUGAAUGGGUAACCUAUCAUCAUACCCGCGUUAGCACAACUCCUAUUAAUGUUUCAUUAGAAUAUCAGGGUGCCUAGCCAACGUGCAAAAUUAUUUCAUUUCAGUCGCCAUAGGCAGCGCCAUCGGCGCCAUAAUUCUGAUCGGGCUGCUGACCACGAUCAUCUGACAGGUGGCGGUGGACAUGUACGACGCCAGAGAGUACAAGAGAUUCAACAAGUUGCUGGACGAGUCCGGCGACGUCGCUAACAUCAACCAAAUCUAUAAAGAACGUACGGCUAACUUAACGAACCCCAUGUUUAACAUCAGGCUGUCGCGUGUGUUGCGCUAGUUUAGUUUGCCUUUUGUUUUAAUAAUCGACGGAACUUAUACCGGGUGUGGCCUGUAACACGAGCAAAUAAUUAAAACAUAGAUUGUACUCCUCAAAUCGUGACACUUUUGUUCAACAACUUUUAAAAAUUAUGAAGUAUUUAGACUCCCUAAAUUUCAUACAAAAUAAAUAUUAUCUUCAAUGGACGCCAUCGCGACGCCAUAUCAUUGUGAUUGACGUUGCUUGUCACGCCUUAAACAUAACAACAUUCGCAAUACAUUGCGUCUUACAAUAGACUUUAUAUAAAGUGUAUUAAAAAUCAAACCCAAAGGUAUUUUUAAAAGUCGCUGAACAAAUGUUGGUCAGUAUGAGGAGUACAGCCUACAGUUUAAUUUUUUGCUUAUAUUACAGGCCACACCCGGUAUACCUACGGUAAAAUGAUCAUGUCUACGUCUUUCGUACUUACGUAUUAAGGUAAUUAGUUAAUUGGGUAGAGUUAUACCAAGAAAAGUCUGCAGCGAUUUUGAUAGCUCACGCAGUGCAAGUGUUAUUUAUACCAAAUUCUAAUGCUAACAAAACGAACUAUAGGUUUCAUUUGCACGUCUAGUGCAACCUGGCUGAAACGUCGGAUAAAAGGUAAAAUAAUGAAAUGUAAUCAUUCUUCUCUGUCGUAUCGUUCUUGACAGAGCGGUCGCGGUCACGUUGAGGCGUCCGCAUCGGUAGUAGAGGCGGACACAGCUCUUCUCACGAUCUCCCGCCAUCCCUGUUGGCAGACUGUCUGUCACAGUCAGAUACGCGGUUUCCCACUAUACUUCGUUUUUUUAGCAUUAGAAAUAAGGUAAACAAUCUUGGUGUGUCUUUUUAUUGAAAAACACGUUUAUAAAAUAAGUCACGGCAAAUAUGUAACAAUUAUGAAUCUAAUACGAUCAUUUAAAUUCUUCUGCUUUCAUAAGUAAUAGUUAUUGAUUUUUAAAAAGCGUAUUUCAAUUAAAAGACAUGUCAAUAUCGCUUACCUUCUUGCAAGUUUUUUCUAAUGCUAAAAAAAACGAACUAUACGGAUUUUAAGUACUUGUUCAGUCCAGCGCAUAGGUGAUAAGACCCCUUAAUGACAUUAAACAACUAUGUGUACAAAACGCAAAACUUUAAAGUGUCAGGUUUCAUUAGUUCUAGUUAAGGUUACAUAUCUGAUAUAUUUUGUAUAUGAAUCCACUUAAUAAAAUAAAUAAAACGAA